AUGACCGACUCCACUGUAAAUGAGUUUGUUGGAGUGCAGAGUUCCUCGACCUACGCAUUAGCGAGCGUUGUAAAACAUGUGUUGCGUCCCGCCGCGGCGUCGUGUCGGUCGGUUGUUCAGCGUGCCGUGCAGCCGGCGCGGCUGCCAGCAGCAAGUGCGGGCGGCGGCGCCAGCCCAGGCCAGCCGGUGCAGCUGCGGGCUGCUAGCUGCUCCAGGCCGCAGCUGCCUUCCCCCGGGCCGCCGCCGCUGCCGCUCGCUCCCUCAAUGCCACGGCGCGAGCUCGCCGGGCGGGCGUCGGCGCAGCAGCAGCAGCCAGCAGCAGUGCGAGCGCGACGCUCGGGGAGGCAAGCCGUAGCCGUAGCCGUGGCCCUAGUCGCGCCAGCCGCCGCCAUGAACACCGAGGCGCUCAUCGCCGCCGUCUACCGCCGCUCGCCGCUGUGGGACACGGGCAGCAUCCACAACAGGGACCGCCGCAUCGUCGACGCGCUCUGGAAGGAGGUCGCCGCCGAGCUCAACUGCGCAGACUGCACGGCGGUGAAGAAGAGAUGGAAGAGCCUGAAGGACUACUACCGGUGCGAGCUCGCUAAGGUGUCGCACACGGGCGGCGAGGGCUCGGCGACGGAGGCGACGUCUAACUGGCCCUUCUUCCACCUGAUGAGCUUCACCAAGCGGACCAUCGGCAGCAAGUACCGGCCGCGCAGUCUGGAGCAGCAGCUGUUCUGCGAGGACAGUAAGCAGGCGACGGUGGACAGCUCGCAGUACGACGCGGACGAAGAGACGCUCAAGAGCGAGGCGAAGCGGCGCCACAUCAAGACGGAGUUCCCCGCGCUGCCGCACUUCCCCGACCUGUCGGAGAGCACCUCGUUCAGCGACACGAUCGCGCACGCGCCCGUCUCGUUCAUGCUGCCGCCGCACAAGCGCUCCUCGCGCCGCCGGCACCACCUCGAGAGCGACGCGUGCGCCGACGCCUCGGCCGAGACCAAGGCGCUCUCGCUCACCGAGCGCGAGAUCCAGGACGUGGACAGCGACGAGCUGCUCUUUUUCAAGUCGCUGCUGCCCUACAUGAGGAACAUGAACUACUCGCGGAAGCUGCUCCUGCGCAUGAAGAUACUCGAGCUCGUGUACAACGAGUACGCCUCGUCGUGACUGUGCGAACUCUACUACCGGUGCGCACCGCCGCUCGCGGUCUGGCGUCCUACGUAGCUACGGGUCUCACCUCACUACUGUCUUAAUGACUGAGAAAUGUAUUUUUGUUAGACGCUUUGUACAAUGUGUUAUGACGCUACAGUAACGGACUUCAGUGCUUUGCUUUACACAUCAGCAGCGUGUAGCUAUGAUUUCUGUAAAUGUUUACAGUUUUUUGUAAUUAUUUCUUUUUUAUAGCGUGCCAUUUAUGGAUAAAGUGACUACUUUCAUAGAA